AUCCGGAAUAUUUUUUAUCAGUCUGUUGAUCAUAGAUAAUCCACAGACUAUAUGUCAUAAUCUGUGGAUCUCCUUACUGUAAUUAUUUACAUUUAAUUCAUAAACUAUUUCUUAUUAAUAUUUUUUACAUAAAUGUUAAUCUUCACGUCGAAUAAUAAUUAUAUUAUAGAACUUAAUACUUAAAACUCAAUUGUUCUUUGUGAUAUGUUUGAACAUAAAAUUUAUUAAAAUUUAUAUGUGGCUUCAACAUUUGAUUCAGAAAUAAUGGAAUCCGAAUAUUUUGAAAACUCAAAAAGGAUUAAUUUUCAAAACAAUCGACUUUGUUAUGUUGGACAAGAUGUAACAUGUAUACCAGAAGUAUUAGGCAAAAUGUAUGGAUCAAAAGUACGAUCAUUAGAUCUAAGUUAUAAUAAACUAGCUACACUUAAUUAUGUAGAGCAUUUCUCAGAUUUAGAAGAAUUAAUUUUGGAUAAUAAUAACUUAGAUGAUAAAAUAAGACUACCAUAUUUAUCUAGCCUACAUACACUAUCAUUGAACAAUAAUAAGAUUAAUGUGUUAGAAAAUUUGAUAAAUCAAAUUAAACAUAAUAUGCCCUCUUUAAGAUUUCUUAGUUUACUGGGAAACAAGGCAUGUCCAACACAGCUAAUUGAUUUUGAAAAAGAUGAAGAUGAUUAUAUACGAUACAGGCAUUUUGUCUUGUAUUAUUUGCCAGAAUUGAAAUUUCUAGAUUCCAGUUCAGUUACAAAUGAAGAACUUAAUACAGCUUUAGCGAAAGGAGAAUUCACUAAAAUUAUAAGACCACGUUAUGAAAAUGAACCUUUAAAAUAUGAUAGAAAAUCAUCUACCAUUCAUCCCCUAGCAGAUACAUCAAAUAUAUUUUUACCAGUAGAUGAAUCAAAUGUUCAUCAAAUACAUCAUCAAGCUGCCUAUGGUCGAAGAAGAUUUCGUUAUGCUGGGAAACAUUCAGAAGGCAAUAGAUUUAUUUUAAAUAGAGACUUAUAAAUAUAUCUAUUUUCAUAAUUAACAUUCUAUUUAUUUUUAUUUUUAUGAUUAAUUUUUAUUACUGUUACAAAUAUUGAAUUAAAAAAUUAUUUUUACUAAUUUUAAAUUUUAAUUUUUGAAUUAAAGUUAUUUUGUAUGUGUGUGUGUGUGUGUGAAGUUGUUUUAUUAUUUAAAAAAUUUGUUGAUUUUAGUUUUAUGCUAUAAUAA